AUGUCGACCCCUCUACCCGGCCGGAAACCCUCAGACACGCCUUCCUCCACCCUCGAUGGCAGCUACUCUGACGACAAGUCCUCCAUCGAAGUACCGACCCCACCGAACGGUCAGCUCGCCCCUCUGCCUCUCGCCACCAAGGAAGAGACCAGCUCUGGUUCCGCCCUGGCCGUGUGGCUCUUGCAGACCCUCCGCAUCCGGCCCAAGGGUCGAGAGCACCUGAAUGAGCUUGACGCCGUCGCGACGCAGCCGAGCGUAUUCGACACGGAUCAGGCGGAAGAGUACCAGAAGCUGCUCAUCUCGCCCGAAUGGGAGAACUUUGAGGCGUUCGACCCGAGCUUCAGGUGGACAUGGCGGGAAGAACGCCAGACUCGGCGGAUCAUUGACUGGAAGAUCAUGGGCUGGGUGGCGGUCAUGUUCUUUGCGCUCAACGUGGACCGAGGGAAUCUAGGGAAUGCCGUCUCGGACAAUAUGCUCGAUGAUCUCAAGUUGACACAAGCGGACUAUAACCUGGGAAACACACUCGCCAAGCUUGGGUUCCUCCUCGCUGAGCUCCCUUCGCAGCUCAUCUCCAAGCGUCUCGGCCCCGACAGGUGGAUCCCCAUCCAGAUCUGCUGCUUCAGCUUCAUCUCGGCCAUGCAGUUCUUCCUCACCGGUCGGGGGUCCUUCCUUGCUACUAGGUUCUUGAUUGCGGUCUUCCAGGGUGGCUUCAUCCCCGAUAUCGUCCUGUACCUGAGCUACUGGUACCCCAGUAGGCAGCUGCCGUUGCGUCUUGCCUUCUUCUGGGUGGCAGCCGAUUUCACUGGAAUCUUCCGGGGCUUUGCGGCGGUCGGUCUGCUCAAGAUGCGUGGUAUCGCAGGCGCGGCAGGCUGGCAGUGGCUCCUCCUCAUCGAAGGUCUCUUGACUCUCCUCAUUGGUAUCGCCUCAUUCUUCCUUAUGCCCACCGCCCCCGCCAAGACCAAAGCGUGGCACCGUCCCAAAGGCUACUUUACCGACAAGCAAGUCAAGAUUAUCGUCAACAGCGUAAUCCGGGACGACCCGGGCAAGGCGGGCAUGCACAAUCGCCAAGCACUCACAGUCAAGAUGAUCCUGAAGGGUCUGGCAGACUACGACAUGUACCCGCUAUACCUCAUCGGUCUCCUCUUUGGUAUCCCCGGCUACCCCGUCGCGAGCUACCUCACCCUCUCAUUCCGCGGUCUCGGCUUCAGCGUCAUCGAUACCAACCUCCUCACACUCCCAUCCACCGCCUGGUCCAUCAUCAACUUGCUCGGAAUCACCAUCGUCUCCGAACUCGUCGAUAACCGGUCGUUCGUCUCGGCCGCUCAGAACAUAUGGUGGUUGCCCAACUUUAUAGCUCUGGUCGCGGUCAACAACCCCUCUUCUUGGCAGUACUUUGCCAUCUCGACUGUACUUCUCGCUUAUCCCUAUGUCCACGCCAUACAUGUGGCAUGGACCAGCAGGAACUCUGGCUCAGUCCAGACAAGGACAGUCGCAUCAGCCGCAUACAAUAUGAUGGUCCAGGCCAGUGCUAUGAUUGGGGCAAACAUCUAUGUAGCCGAAGAUGCUCCGCGAUACUUUAGCGCCAACAAAGGUCUCAUCGGCUUAAUCGUCUUCAACAUCGUCGCUCUGUAUCCCGGUACCUACUUCUACUAUCGCUGGCGCAACGCCUCCAAGGCUAAGAUCUGGGAUACGUACACGGAGCAACAGCGCACCGUGUACCUGCAGACCACGACGGACGUGGGCAAUAAGCGAUUGGACUUCAGAUUUGCCCUGUAG